GAAGGAAGGGAAGAGUGCAGAACACCGUACUAUUCUCUAUGCCAUGGCCCGUGUGACGAAGCUGUUCAUGAUAAUGCGAUAGUGUUGGUCUGUGCUUAGCACUUGAUAAAAGAUAGCGGUGACUGAACAGAUGCCAGUACUCACCCGCAGCCCGACCUGUCGGUUCAUACUCUCGCGUACUCGCCCCGUGUGCAUCGGUGCAUCGUCGACGCACGGUAUUGCGCUCUGCGAUCGUCGAGAAAGUGCGAACACGAAAGCUCGGAGAGGCUGUGGCGACUGUACGCGAGUCGAGCUGCUUCUUUGACCGAUCUCUCGGGUGAACCAGGUGCGUUGUGCGCGAUGACGAGGUCGUCGGUGAUCUGAAUGUGUCGGAAGGAAGAUACGAAACCCGUAUCCGACUCGGUCUGCCCGUCGUCUCGAAACAUCGUUCCCCGAAGAGAUCGCGAGAGAUUCGAAAGCGGAGGACGGAAGGGACUGGUCCGAUAGGAUGAUCACUGCGAUCCAGAGACAGUACUACUUUAAGAAGAUCCGCUGUAAAACUUGAUCAUCGAGCAGGAAAUCGUUCGAAUCUCGAUCAGCCGUGCAAGCUGGAAUAGAGUUGCGAGCAAGGACACCGGGAUGAUGGCUAGGAUACUCGGAAGUGCUCGGGACGCGAACAUCGACCGGUAAGGAAUCGUCGUGGAUCGAGAUCGUGUUCCGGGAGUGCGAUCGUUCAGCACCGUCUAGACUCCGGCUGUCGCUGGAACCGCUUUGAAUUGAACUUGACAACGAUCGUGAUUGAACAGAGGCUCAAUUGGGAGAUCAAAGAACAGCUUUUCUCGUCGAAUAAUGACAGCCGCUCGGUGGAAUUCUUCGAAAGCUCGGCCCAAAGGCAGGCACCACCAGAGAGAGCGUACUACCACAGCCUCGAAUCAUGCAUGAUGAGCGGUGCGACUAGGCUCGAUCAGGAUUGGAUGAGAAUGGUCGAGUUACGCGGUGGCACCGGAAUGACGAGCGGGCUGAGCGGUCGGUCAUCGAGUCGUCUCCAUUACACUAUACUCACGAUUUUGGACACGGUCUUCUCAGCCACUGUGGCCGCCCCGGCGGUGGUAGGGUACUGGAGAGGCACCUGGGGCCUGAGCGACGUCUACGUCUAUCCCAAGGACCCGGCUUUCAGCAGCCUCACCUCGAUAGUGAUCGGUUUCAUCGGGUUGUACGCGUUCAACGUCUCGCAGAAUGUUCUGAACGAGCUUUUACAUCCGGACAAGCACAGAUUGUCGUACUACGUCGGGUCCAGGCUUUACACGGCCGUCUUCGGUUUCUGCUGCGUAAAUGCAUGGCGUGGCGCCUGGAAGGCCCUCGACCUGUACACCGAACAAACCGCCAGCACGGUUUUCGCCACCACCGCUGUCAGCCUCCUGGCACUGGCGAUGAUGCGUGCCCUCAGGAACAUAUCCGCGCCACCGUUCUCCCUUUGCUUGGACUCAUGUCCGGGAUACUUCGAAGUGCAGACCAUGUUCCGCGUGAACAACACGAGGGACUGGUCGUUGUACUUAUUGGAUUGUGCCUUCAGCGUUGGAGUGGUCGGUACGCUGGUCGUGUUCGUUUGGAGAGGUGUUUGGAUACUUUUCGAUCUCUACCUGUUCCCGAAGGAUCGAAUGUAUUCAGCGAUCGGAUCCCUCGCCAUCGGAUACGUGAUAGUGACGGUGACGUUUUCUCUGCAACCGCUAAUGCGAUACGUUUGCGCUCGUCUUCGAGGCUGGGCCCGCUUGAUAGCUGCCGAUGGCUUCCUGCUGCUCAGCUUCCUGGGCACGGUGAACGUGUGGCGCGGCAUCUGGAACAUACUGGACGAAUGGCUGGUCCCGAGUAACCCGGAGCUCUCCUGCUGGAUCACCCACGUUGGAUGUUUCGUGUUCCUCGUACUUCUCAACUGCAGCAACUCCAUCCUCGUGCGCGGCGUUUACAUCGACGGCGAGGAGGACGACGGCAAGUGCGUCGUAUUUCCUUGCCACUACCUUCGAUUGUUCUUCAAGGUCGAACGCGAGAAGAAGGAAGCGAGACGACGAAACCUGCUGGUGGCCUCGAAGGACUUCCGGCCCAGGCCUGACGGAAACGCCAAAGACACGGAGAACGGAGCACUUCUGCCCAAUAGCACCGCCACGACUAUUCUACCGACCAAUCCUGAAUCUCUCGUCUAACGUAAACAAUUUCGAGAAAACAAGACUCCGAGAAUUCGACUGAAUUCCCUGCUCUGAUAGUCUCACCGGUCGAUCCUCGUGCAUGAUCGAAAGGAGGAACGAACGAUCGGGUAAAGCAACGGAUUCCGGAAGAGCCAUCGGGUUCUUUCGUUUGUGCUCUCGGUCAGUGGUCGUACAGUGAAGUUUGAGGUCACGGAAUCUCGCGAAACGAACACUAUGCGCGGGCUUCAUAUUGAAGUCUGUAUAACAACUAGACAAGUAGACGAUGGGAUAAACGCAGCGAAUAGCGCGACAGCUGUAUAGGUCGGCGGAUAAACGUAUAGACGCUUAGAAUACCGAUUUAAAUUAGCCGAACGCGUAGAUCGAUAAGGGAGAUCGAACGAUCGACAACGAACGCGAUCGAGCAAGUUCGACGACGAAUUCAGCGAAUGGCUGUGAACGAGUGACGAUUGCCUGUACAUAACGGACUCUGUGUGUGUACCUGCGUACCCAAUUAUACGAGUGUAUGUGUGUAUGUGUAGGAGAAACCGAAUGUACAUAAUUCUCGAUCGUGCGAGUCUCAAACGCGAAUCCCUGCGAGUGCACGAGCCGCGGCUUCGAUCAGGGCUACCCGGACAACCAAAGGAUCUGCUCCGUUCGCCAAAGUACACGCGUAAUAAAUGGUCGUGAAGCAUGCAUGUAAAGUCGCGAUUAUUCGAUUAUUCGAUCGAUUCGUUGAGAAUCGGGAACGACUCCGAGCGAGGGACAUGGAACGAUUCGAUCUCCAGAUUCAGAGAUCGCAGAACGAAAUUGCUAUCAUCGGAUAGAUCGACGAACGAUCAAACGAGAGGUCCCACUAUCCAAAGUUUCGACUAUCCGUGACCCGAUUAAUACGACUCGACCGAUUUAUUUUCUUCGAGAAAGGAAACGAUCGCUUUCGUAAAUACUCGUGGUUAAUCGAAAUGAAGAAGACGAAUACCGAGGCGGAAGAAAUGUUCGUCAACAUCGACUCCAAUUAGAAUUUCUAGUCAUCGUUACACUUUAGUCGCCGCUUUCACGUAUACCCGUCGAUCGAGCAUCGUCGAAUCGAUUCUUUCCUUUUCUCGUCACGCGCUAACGAUCGUCAGAAGCGUACAUCUGCGAUCCUAGCGUUAGACGAGACCUUGAUGAUGACAAUGGUAAUAGACUGGACACGAUCAUUAUAAAUGGGUUAUAACCUUCUCCCCCGCAUCCUGUACACCCCGCAGAUUUUGCUCUUGUACAUCAAUUACGACGUCAUGGCGUACUAAUAAUUAAUUAACUGGAAUAAUGACGGGACAAUGGGCGGCUAGCACAUCGAUGGGAAGUGGCUAGUUCGACGAUGAGCGGCUGCCCUCCUGGCCUACAUUUAAUAUUUUCACAAUGAACAAUGUGCCAGCCGUCGCGGCGGAAGCUUCCCUUCGACGUGCCGCGAGAGAAACCGGAAAUCGAUCGCGGUCCAUUGGGAGAGCAGCGAAUCGAACGCAUAUUUAUUCUCGCCCGAACGUGUUCGCUAAACGCGCCAUCGCCAUCGCGCAGGCUGCUUCGCGUCACGGGAGUAACGAUAUAUUAUAUUUAUACGCUCGUAUACGCGACUUUUGCCAUGGAACAUUCGUUGAAAUAAAAAAGAGAAACUGAGA